AUGGCCGCCUUCGCCACCAGGUCGGCGGCCUUCCUCGGCCUCGCCGCCGUGCUCUGUGUCCUCGUCGGCGAGGCGAGCGCGCAGCAGCUCUCGCCCAGCUUCUACUCGAGGUCUUGCCCCAACCUGGCGUCCAUCGUGCGGUCGGGGAUGACCUCCGCGUUGCAGACGGAGAGGCGGAUGGGCGCGUCCAUCCUCCGCCUCUUCUUCCACGACUGCUUCGUCAAUGGGUGUGACGGCUCCAUUCUGCUUGACGACACGUCGACGUUCACCGGCGAGAAGAACGCCGGGCCGAACGCCAACUCGGCCCGCGGGUUCGAGGUGAUCGACGCCCUCAAGACCCAGGUCGAGGCCGCGUGCAGGGCCACCGUCUCCUGCGCCGACAUCCUCGCGCUCGCCGCCCGUGACGGAGUCAACCUGCUCGGAGGUCCCACCUGGAGCGUGCCGCUGGGGCGCAAGGACUCGCGCACGGCGAGUCAGAGCGCGGCCAACGCGAACCUGCCGGGGCCCGGCUCCAGCCUCGCCACGCUCAUCACCAUGUUCGACAACGCAUACUACCAGAACCUGGUGGGGCAGCGCGGCCUCCUGCACUCGGACCAGGAGCUCUUCAACGGCGGGUCGCAGGAUGCGCUGGUGAGGCAGUACAGCAACAGCCCCAGCCAGUUCUCCGCCGACUUCGUCACGGCCAUGCUUAAGAUGGGCGGCCUGCUGCCGUCGUCCGGGACGCAGACGGAGGUCAGGUUGAACUGCAGGAGACCCAACUAA